GAGAGAGAGAGAGAGAAAGCAAAGCAAUGUGAUAGAUAAAAUUGAUGAAAAAGAAUAAUUACUAGAAUAAAAAUGAGUUUUAUGAAAGGAAAGGAAAGUAUUAGACAAAAGUAGGCAAGUCCGCCUUGCUAUUUUUUUUGAGAAUGUCCUAUAAUUUAAAUCUAACCACUAAGGAUCUAUCCCGCCUUCAGAGCAAUUCUUCAUUGUUUCUAUGAAUUGCCCAAAAGGGACAUGACAUUGGAGGCAACAGUUAACUUCGCAUUCGGCGCGGUCCCUGUCUCUGAACCACCUUUUCGUCACCACCUGGUUACUGUCUCUCGUGGUCAAAGAUCAUUUUCCCCUUAAGAUUAGUUUCUCAGUGUUUCUAUGAAAAAAAAAAGUAUAAAUGGGACAUGGCGAAUCUACCAAGAUUUUUUUCUAGUGACUGUCACAUUCCAAGAAGGAAAAGGGUGGAACCAUUUUGUAUAUGGUCAACUUUUUAAAUUUGAUUCCUUGUGGGAUAAGAUUAUUAAUCUAGAGAGACAUACUUCUUGCCAAUCGGUUCUCUCUAAACUUUGCUUUAUUGCUAAUACUCCCAGAACUUACAGCCGGAGCCUGCAGUAUUUUUGUGAAAUUAUUGCAAUGAUUUUUAUAUGGAUAUGCAAGGUAGACAACCAGGAAAGUCAUCAGUAUCAGUAGUUAGUCACUUUAUAGGGAGAUCACCUUUAUUUGCUUUAUUUUACCAGUUAAAUAAUUUCUGAGUACUGCAUCAUCGCAUAUCAAAUAUCUGGCUAUAAAUUCCAAAAAAAUAGUAGGAAAUACAUUUAAUAAAUGAGUUUUGGGGCCCUGGUGGAGUACAUGCAGAAAGGAGGUAGUUCCCGGCAAAUACCUGUCAUGUCUUCCUUGGGGAGUUUUAUGAACACUGAGAAGCUGAUUGAAAGCGAAAUAAGUCUUCAGCCAUGAGAGGCCUUUGCCAGACAUGAGAUUCAAACUGGGAGAACAAGACAACAUCUUAGACACUAGGGCCGUGAUAAUCGCCAGUGCCAGAGGUCAUUUUACAGGCCUUUACUGUCUCGGCCAUUGCACAGCUUAUUCCCUCCACUGAGAUAAUUUUCUGGUACGUAAAUGUUCAUGAAACACUUGCAUUUCGUAUUAGGCCGAGCUCCUUCAGAGAACGUUAGUGCGAGCAAUCCCCGCCCAGAUUUCAGAUUACAGUGGUGCUUCUGCAUUGUUUGCCACCAGUGUCAUUAGCCCCUUUUCGGCAUUUCGUAAAAACAGUGAGAAAUUUAUCAGAAGGCGAGAUAAAUUACCAAGCCUAACCCCGGAUCAGGAGGUCGACGCCCUUGGAAGAACAGAGGGACAUCACCUUGGACAUCGUGACAUGCUGUUGUACUUAUGUAACUGUAAUAUUACUGUAAUACGUACUAGUUCAGUUUUGGGAGGCUAAAAUCUUGACUAAAUUAAUGUAGGAAGGAGAAAAGAAGAAUUGAUAUCAAAUUUAUGAAGUACAGUUGAAGGCUAUUGAUAUCAGACAAUGGACAGGUUAAGGGCGUGAAAGUGCAUACAUAUCUGGAGACAGUUAUGUGAACUUGAUCAGAUGAGCAUGCCUUUGAAGCACUUAUCAUGGGUUGUUAUGGAACCAGUGUACAUGCUGUAGAAUAUAUAUGAGAAGGGUAUGUCGGGCGUUAAGAUGGGAGAGGGAGUGAGAGUGAGAGAUGUAGUAACAGUUAAGGAAUGGGACUAAUAAGGAACAGUGGAAUAGGUGAAGGAUAGAAACACACUGAAACUGUCGGUCGAUACACACACACACACACACACACACACACACACACACACUCUCUCUCUCUCUCUCUCUCUCUCUCUCUCUCUCUCAAUCCAGAGUCACAGUAUGUUUACGAACCACAGACUCGCACCACAACAGGUGUGUGACUACCUUCAGUUGAUCACAGACAUCCUGGUGUAUGGGAGAAGAACGAAUAUUAUUAUGCAUAUGCCGAUAGUUGGUUUUUGCAUUAUAAAUUAAUUCGUAUACUCUCAUUAAAAUAUUACAAAAUAUUUUUUGUUUUUUCUUCUUUCUCAUUGUGAUGUACAAUGAAACCUUCUGCCUGAAACAACUAAUAUCUGAAAGAAACUCGACUGUCACAGCUGAACAAAACAAAAGGAAACGAAAACAAGAGGAGAGGGGCUUUAUUCGCCACGAUGGCGAAUGUGGUUGCACUGCGCCAGGUGAGGGAGGACGAGCUGGACGCAUUGAAAGCGAGGCUGGCCCGUCACCUACCUCACUCUAUCGUUGUGUAUGGCGGCUUGAGUUUGGCGGCACGCUACGGCCUACAUUCUUUCCGACCUGCCUCCAUCCUGGUGCCCGUCGGCCAGCACCCUUCCUGCUUCACCAUCAUCGCUCCCAUAGGAUCCGGCUUACAGCCGAGGGAGAGCAGUUGUUUAUGGUGUGGGACAACAAGGCUGAACGCGCUACUUUACAGGACCCGCAGUGCAUCGAAGUGUUCUGGAGCCCUGAGGAGCACACUGUUAAGGAUGUAGCUCAAUACCUUUCUCUCAUCCCUGACCUGGACUGGAGUCAGCCCAAGGCCUUGAUAGGCCUUCCCAGAAUCCUGCUGCCCGAAAUCCAGUCGCUGGACAGCAUCGGCGGCCGGCAGGUGCAGGUUCAUGUGAAGCGUAAGGGACAUGUAUACAACCUUGAGGCGCCUGCUAUACUGGACACUGAGCUGCCUCCAGAGUACCACAUAUCCAGCCUGAACGAGAACGAGGCGUCGGUGGUUUGGACAAACUGGGAAUUCAACUUUCUUGACUCUGAGGAUAAUAUCAGGCAUGAUAUCGCUCACUUCCCGUCCAGCGGUAUCCGUAAGCGCAGCCUCACCGAUAGUGCAGGGUCACCACAGGAGGCAGCAAAGGAAACACUAGUGUCAUGGGUCCGCACAACCAAAAAUGGAUGGAUGGGCAACACCUUCACGCUGCCGCGCCAUCGUCGCAAAGGACUAGCAAGCAGGGCCACCCUGGCCCUGGCCCAUCAAAUGCUGCAGGAGGGUUUCUUCGCUAUCGUUGUCAUUGAAGACUUCAAUGCCGCUUCCGCAAAAUUCCACGAGAGUCUUGGUUUCAAGAGGCUUUGCGCGAUUGCUAUGGCUGUGCUUGUGCCCGCUGAGACCACAGGCCAAGAUUGUUUAGAAUAGGGUGAUUUGAUGAGAUGACAGUGACAUAAUGCAUCACCAAAUUUCUGCCCACUAGAUACUUGUCAUUUCCUAUAUCCCAGCAAGUAAAUCUUUCUUCAUCCAAAUGUAUUAUGAGGUGCAGGCACCCAUUGUCUCAUUCUGCCUGGAGAUGUUGGAACAAAAUGUCGCAUAUAACAAACUAUCUAUUGGGUAGCUUCUCGGGGCUUGCUGCUCAAAAAAGAGUCACUUAAAUAGAUAAAAAGAAAUCAUCAGAAGCUGAAUAAUACAGAAAUAGCUGCAGCGUUCUACUUUGUUUACCUUUAUAACAAUAACGGCAACAACAAUAGAGGCAGAAAUGACACACUGAACACAGACGACAGGAAAAGAAUAAAAAUAAAUUGUACAGUG